AGCGUGGCUUGCAGUCUUCCCUUCGAUCUCGCGAGCCAUGGCCCGCACACCGAGGGCGCGCGCCCGUCUCCUGGGCUGCGGCAUCGCCGCCGCGGCCGUGUGUUGCCCGUUGGGCUUCGUGCCGGCGCCUGGUGCCACGCCCACGGCCCCAACACGAGAGGCGGCAGCAGCGGCAGCUGUGGUGGUGGCCGCAGUCCCGGCGGAGGCUUGGGCCAAAGGCGGGCAGUGGGGCCCAUUGGAGGGCAAAGCAUCCAGCCUCGUUCACCCCAUCAUGAUGGCGACGCUGUUCUUUGUCACCUUGUACACAGGGUACCUGGGCUGGCAAUCGCGGCAGGUUCGAACUCUGGGGGCGGAGGUGAGCGGCUUGAGGAAGCAGUUGCCCAAGGACCCUGAGAAAGAAGAGUCCAGCGCAACGAAGUCCCUCAGGCAACAAAUCAGCGAGUUGGAUUCGGAGAGGAAACAACUCAUCAAGGGGAAUUUCAGGGACAACCAUUUCGCACUCAGCUCUCUGAUCCUGGGGGGUGGCAUUUUCUUCACCCUCUACGGCGUCUUCAACACCUGGUUCCGGGCUGAAAAACUCUUCCCAGGACCACACCUGUUCGCUGGUGCUGGCAUUGUGGCAUGCUGGGCGCUUUCAGCUGCUCUGGUUCCCUACAUGGAGAAGGGAAAUGAGGGCGCGCGUACAGCGCACAUCGGCUUGAAUUGCGUGAACCUGCUCUUGUUUGCCUGGCAGCUGCCGACGGGCUUCGAGAUCGCCCAGAAGGUGUGGGGAUUGGAGAUCGCAUGGUUCUGAGGGCAUGUCCGAACGGCUUCAUGUCCGAGGGCCGGCCCGGAUUGUUUGUGUAUCAAGCAGCUAAGCAUUUGCAUGCUUUUUCCCCAAAGUUUUCAUAUCAGUUUUCUUGCUCAACGCACAGAUUCGGCAGGACACAUCAAAUUCUGGAGCCGGCCAUUUGGCAGCGAACGGUACACGACUGCGUUUGUGCAGUUAACACGAGCAUUUGUGUUGUCCUGAGCUUCAGAAUGUGUCAUCAUCUUCUUGUGUCGACGUGAGCAUAGA